ACACGACUCGACACUCACCGCGCACGCCGACAUAGCCGCCGAUCGUUGUAAUUUAGGAUUAAAUUGUUAAAUUAGACUGUUGCCGCUAACAUGUUUACCCUGUGGACGCUGAUCGAAGCCUCGCUGCUGUGCCUGAACGCGGUCUGCAUCCUGCACGAGGAGCGGUUCCUGGCCAAGUUUGGAUGGGGUCGCCAGGCGGGUCAGCAGGACUUUGGAGCCCCCACGGCCAAGGACCAGGUGCUGAACCUCAUCCGCUCCAUCCGCACAGUGGCCAAAAUUCCCCUGAUCUUCCUUAAUAUAAUUGCGAUUUUAUUUAAACUAUUACUUGGCUGACGCCUUAGACCGUAACAAAUGUACCACAUAAAGCCUUUGCAAGCCGAAAA